GGCAGCAAGUUCAAGGCUAUCACGCCAAAGCUCUUGUCUGGUUUCAUCGCCGAGUCACAAGCGUUAGGCGGAACAUUAGUUGAUCAUUUCUGGAUCGUGGUUGGGCAAUGUCAUCCCCAGCUUGAGGAAAAUAGUGCGUCGAGAUCCUCUCCGUGGGCAUUCUCUACUCAUCCCUUCUCAACCGAAGGGGUCGAUCGAGAAACAAUCAACUUCUCUCCAAUAUAUCAGAUGGGCGCAGAACUUUUCACCCAUCUUUGCAUUGCUUGUAGUCGUCGUAAAUCUGGGAGCAGGACACCCCCUUCGAUUAACGAUUUCAUCGCAAAGGAUACGGACGAACUCCUACAGAUGGCUGCCUCAGAAGGGCUCGGGACUGGGAAGCACGCUGCUCUAAAAGCUCUGAUAUUCAAACGUGACGGCCAGUCAUGUCCAUUGACUGGCGUGCCUUUCAACACUAAGUAUAGUGUUAAGCCAAUUUUGGCCCAUAUAAUUCCUAACUCAGUCCAUAACAAGCCUGAUACUAUCAAGUGCAUUGGCAUGCUCGCCGGGGCAGCUGUCCGUGACCUUGUUCUGGGACAAUUGAAUGGCCUAGGCAACCUUAUCCAUGUCCAAUCAGAUGCGCAAACUGCGUAUGGUGACAUUUACUGGGGAAUUGAGGCCCGCAACGAGAACGGAAUGAUUAAAUACAUCUAUAGGAGAGUUCCCUAUGAGACUGAGGAGGGGCCCGGAAUCAUUCGCCUUUGUGGUGGGGAUCAGAUUGUCUUUGGAGGGGGCCCUGAGGCAGCACGACUUGGACCAGGCCCCAACCCGUUACUUUGUAACCUCCGGCUUGCUGUGGCUCGGGUCUUGAGGAUGAGUGGCGCUGCGGACAUUAUUGCACAGAUGAUAGAUGAUGGAGAUGACACAGAUUUCCCUCACGUUUACGUUGCGUCGCCAGCAUUUUGUAACAUUCUUGCUGCUCAACUCCAACUUGCAGGAGGGGUUCUUUUGUAG